AUGCUCUUCAUGAUCAUCGAGCAUUUCACCAAUGCUCCCGCCGUGUACGCCCGCUUGGCGGAGGGGGGUCGAUUGGCUCCCGCGGGGUUGACGUCAUGGGAGUGCGAGGAUCGGUCGCUGCUGGAGGACUGGAUGAGGAACUGGGCGGAUCUGGUGCGGUUCGAGGUGGUACCCAUCAUCGCCUCCGCGGAAGCGGCGGUGGUGCAACGGGAUGAUCAUACGGGGGCGUCGGCAUAG